GAGCGAGGCCAGUUCGACUCUUUCAGACUCUCUCGAAACCGCCACCCUCACCGUGAGGGUGCAAACAACCCCUAUUCACCAGUUCAGUACGCCCGUCGACAAAGUCAUGCGGGUAAUCAAUGCCAAGAGUGCACUCCUCGCCCCCUCGAAUGAGGCAGAGCUUGUGCAGAUGGACCGAAAGAAGGAGGCGGCAAGAGACACCCAGCAAGAUGGUGGAAAAGCAAACCAGAAGCGUUUUCGCUGCGACGUUCCCGGAUGUCCCAAGAGCUUUGCCGGGAGGGCCAACCUCAACAUCCACCGACGAUUCCACACUGGCGAAAGCCCUCAUGUCUGCCCACACUGCCAGCAAGGGUUCACCCAGAAAGUCAACCUCCAAACACAUAUCAAUCGUCACACUGGAGAAAGGCCCCAUAAAUGCCCUGAGUGCCCCCGCCGCUUCCCUCAGAGAUCAAACCUCCGCACACACGAGAGGACACAUUUAAAAAAGGAGUUGAGAGCCGUCUGGAUUUGUAGGUUUGGAAACUGCUCGAAAUCAUUCACCCAGAAGGGCAACCUAAAGGCACAUCAAAACAUGGACCACGUUGCGGAGAUUGAGGCCUUCAAUUCCAAGCUCGCUGGCGCUAAGGACAAGAGCAUGUUAUCCGAGGAGGACAAGGAGAUGGCCAAGUACCUCGACGACUUGUAUAACCUCGCGAACAAGGGUAUCAAAGGCCGCGGCAAGGGCCGCAAGGUCAUGCGUGUCCCGAUUACAUCUCCAGCAACAAGUCCAAUCAACACAGCCCAUGCAUUCUCCAACUGGCACAUUGCACAGCAGCAGCAGCCCACUCAGCAAGGGCUGAGCAACCCGGUAGCCCACAGCUUAAGUGGGCCGCCCAUGCUCUUUGGCCCCCUCAGCAACACCCGGGAGCCAUCUAGCCACGGUGGCUACGGCAUGGACUCCGACCGGCUUAGCGACGCCAAUAGGGUACACGGCUCGACGCUGGUCAUUCACGCCUAUGAGGAUGAGCAUGGCCAGGAGUUGGCUUUUGGUGUGAGGAUGAUUUACUGA